AUACAGCCUUCUCCUACCCUGCUUUGCAGCUUCCUGAAUGCGUCUAGAAAGAAAGCAUCGUUCUAGAAACAUACUUCAGCCAGAGUCUUUGAGUUCGACAUCGUGCCCCCGCCGGCUAUAAAAGACCCCUUUCCUCUCUUCCAAGUUGUGAGAAACUCCUAGCCAGCAAGCAGCUCGAACAAGAUCCUCAGCAGCCCACAACAAGUUCGACAUAAUCUGAAUAUCUUCAAGAUGAAGUUCACCACCGGUAUCUCCCUUUUCGCCGCUGCGGCCAGCGCUCUUUCGGUCGACCUGAACAAGCGUGACUCUCCUCUCGAUGUCAAGCUUGAGAUGGUUGGCAACACAGCCGUCAAGGCUAGCAUUACCAACACUGGUGCUUCUGACCUGAAGGUCUUCAAGACCGGUACUUUCCUGGAUGAGAAUGCUGCCACUGAGAAGGUUGCCAUCUACCAGGGUGGUAACAAGGUCCAGUUCGACGGCAUUCGUCUGCGCGUGCUGACCACUGGACUUGACGAGGAAGCGUUCAAGACCAUCGCUGCUGGCGAGACUGUCGAGGCUACCUUCGACGUCGCCCAGGUUUACGACCUUAGCGCCGGCGGUAAGUAUGACGUUGUCUCCCUAGGAGCCGUGUCCUACGCCGAGCUCAACACCACCGACCUUGCUGGCAUCUACUCGGUUGCUGGAAGCACUAUCACCGCCGAGGUCGAUGGCGCUGCCGCCAAGGAAGUCCGCCGCCGCUUCCACGCUAAGCGUCUUGCCGUUCAGUCCGACUGCACCGGAAGCAAGCUUAGCGCCACCAACACGGCCAUCAGCAACUGCCGUGCUUUAGCCUCAGCUGCCCAGACUGCUGCGACCUCGGGCGCUGCCGCUAAGGUGACUGAGUACUUCAAGUCGAGCUCCAGCUCUACUCGCAGCACAGUCGCCAGCUUCUUCUCGAGGGUAGCCAGCCAAUGCAGCAGCACUACGUCGGGUGCGCGGCUCUACUGCUCUGACGUGUAUGGCGCGUGCACGAGCGGUGUCCUUGCGUACACCUUGCCUUCAUCCCAAUACGAAGUCAACUGCAACCUGUACUUCACCGCGCUGCCGGCCUUGUCCAGGACUUGCCACGCCCAGGACCAGGCGACCACAACCCUUCACGAGUCGACCCAUCUCUACGGCACCGAUGACUAUAACACCUACGGAUACUCGGGUGUCCGCGGCCUUUCGGCAUCCCAGAACCUGAACCACGCCGACACCUAUGCGCUUUUCGCCAACGCUAUCUACGUUGGCUGUUAAACGUGUUGCUACUCACUAGUUGUGCUGUCGGAUAGGGGGCUAUUUUUUUUCUUCGGGCAUGGAACGCUAAUACUGCUAAGGGGAAGACAGAAAGAAAGAAAGAAAAGAAAGGUAAAAGAACAAGACUGCCCAAAAGAGUUUAUUUUUUUCCUUCUGCCUUCCCCUAGAAGGAGCUUGUCAAAGGAAAUGUUGUUUCGUGCACUGUCUUCUCCCGACAGUGGGACAAAGCCCGCAAGAAGGCGGGGAGCGAGCGCAAACUUCUCUUGGAUACAAAAGCGGGAUUCACGUGUCAUUCUACGAUUGUUUUUUAAUACGCAAAUAAAUGUCUUUAUCUAGUAUCACA